AUGGAGACUUUCAGAGUCCGCCUGAAUUGUAUUGAUCACUACCAGGCGGCUCCCACUGGCUUCGAUCCUCCUGUGCCUCAUGGCAUCUCCAAUGUCAAUAUCAAGGAGCGGCCGAAGGUGUCGGUCAUUCGGGUGUUUGGUGCGACAGAAACCGGCCAAAAGGUGCUCAUGCACAUCCAUGGCGCGUUCCAGUACUUGUAUAUCGAAUAUAGCGGAAGCCUGAUAGAUGAAGAGGUCAAGGUCGCGAUCCGCACUCUACAGCUUUCGAUUGAUCAAGCCUUGGCUGUAAGCUAUCGCAAGAACGACGGAAAGCCUGCAUAUGUGGCACAUAUAUCACUGGUCAAGGGCAUUCCCUUCUAUGGCUUCCAUGUUGGCUACAAAUUCUUUAUGAAGAUCUAUCUGCUCAACCCACUGCAUAUGACAAGGCUUGCAGACCUGCUAAGAGAAGGUGCUGUGAUGAAGCGAGUUCUUCAGCCCUACGAAAGCCAUAUGCAGUACUUGGCUCAGUGGAUGUGCGAUUACAAUCUUUUUGGUUGCGGCUAUAUCGAUUGCAAGAAGGUCAAGUUUCGUGGGCCUGUCCCGGAUUUCUUUGAAAUGAACAGUAGUUCGCAUAGGUGGCAUGAUCGGUCGAUCCCAUCCGAGUACGUCUCCAAUGAAGAUACUCUACCAAAGCAGAGUCACUGCUCGUUGGAGGUGGAUGUUCACGUCGAGGACAUCUUGAAUCGAGAGGAUGUCCAGGCGCGUGCACUUCAUCAUGACUUCGUCGAAAGAAUUCAUCCUCUUCCGCUGGACGCGAAACUGGUUCCAAGUAUGGCUGGCUUGUGGAAAGACGAGACUAGGCGUAGAAAAGCACGACUCGGAUUGAUAGACACCAGCAGCAGUCCGUUCCCUCCUGAAGUAUUAGUGACGAUGUCCGCAAACCCAAGAGCUUCACAAGCAGGUGGCUGGAUUCAUGAGGAGGAAUAUCGGCAGAAGGCGGACAAGCUUGCGAGAGAGGAGCAUGAACAGGGGAUUGGACAGAAGAUUACCUUUGACAACUUCGUCAAAACCAUACCUUUCGAGAGCACUGUCAACACAGCACUGGAGAGUGUGGAGGAUCUUUACACUAAGAAUCUGCCUCAAGGAGACCCGGCGAGUUUGGGUCGGGAUCCUGCAGCUGGAUAUGCUCUGGGUCCGCAGACUGAGCUCGUUGACGAGGCUUGGGUUGCUCAGAUCCGAGACGAAGCAACUUCCGAACCAGAAAAUGGAGUACCCAUCGCCCAUGGACCAAUGAGCAAUGGUGCUAAAGUUAGUUCCUUCUUAGAUUCAUCGAAUACCUCCGCCGAGAGACUUGCGACAGAUGUUACACCGCCAAUUAGCUCCUCCGAAUUUGACCAUCUUGGUAUACGUAAAGCAGGAGAUCUGAGUCAUGUCAGCGAAGACGCUUUUGAGAUUCCAGAUGAGUUCCUCGUUUCCGGCAACACCCUUAACGGGCACAAAAGAAGACCUUUAGAGCCAUUGACAAGCUCCUCAGAACCACAAAAGAAGAAGCGCAAGGUCCUUGUCGACGAGGAGCACCUCCUACCAGACAUUGACCCAGAGAUCCAUCCACCACUUAGGCUCGUCCAUACCCCCGCAACAGUCGAUUAUCGCCUCUCUUCGACUAAUGUCGAGCAAUCUGCUCAAAAUGGUUUCAAACAGAAACCAGGUUCGCAAACUACAACCGAACAGCAUGGCUCGCAGACAAAUGGAACCUUGCGUGAUUCAAAACUUCCAUUUCCGGUAGUCAAGGAUCCCAGUGACACGAACGCAAUCAUGAGAUUGAGUCAACAGAGCAAUCCUUCCUUGAAACUAAGCCAAGAUAUACAGAGCAAGCCUACUGUAUCAACUUCAAUAAGCCAGCAUACCCCUUCCAAGGCGUCCGUAUCGUCAAGUCAGAAAACGCCAUUUUCGGCGAUGUCCUCGGACCUGUUGCCUUUGUUGCCAGCCAUCCCCCCUGAUCUCUCCAUACCAGGCUCGAACGUCAAAACUCUGAUGUUCGGGCUGGCGUGCCCUUCUUUCUCAGAAGUUCAAACGACUAUGUGCAUGCAAGGGCUUCCAGAUGUGAUCUACCAGAAUGCCUACUACGGUGAUGAAACAGAUGUUCCUGACAGACAGCGUGAGUAUGGUGGUCGAGAGUUCAGGUUAGAAAGCAACACAGUCCCCUACCUGCCUGACUUCGAUGCAACCGGAAGUUCACCUGCAACAUAUGGACGCAGAAACCAGACUCUUCUAGACGAGGUCCAAGAGGAAAAGGCCGACCGUAAGCGCAGGAGGUUGUGUAAGAUAACACGGUGGAGCAUCGCAGAUCAGCCUCCUACCAAGGCUGAGGUGACAGCAUGGCUUGAGCGUGAAAAUUCGUUAGCUAUGGCUCCAAGCCACAGCGAUGGAAAAAUGAAGGAAGAUACUAACUUGCUCUCACAGAUUGAUGUUCCAACACAAAAGAAUAAGCACGGCUUCAAGUACUCUCAAAAGCAUGAAAGCACAAGCGUCCAACAUGAGACUCAGUACAUGAGCAUCAUGAGUCUGGAGGUUCAUGUGAAUACUCGCGGCAACCUGGCGCCAAACCCAGAAGAAGACGAGAUUGCCUGUCUUUUCUGGAGCGUCCAAUCGGAUAACGAUGACUUUGAUGCCAAUGGAUCACAAGCAGGGAGGCAUACCGGGGUUUUGGUAAAUGAUAAGAGCGGAAGAAUCGCAAAAAAUGUAUCUCGAGAUGUGCCUGUCGAGGUUGAAGCGGAGCCAACGGAACUGGAUGUGCUCACCAGAAUGACCGAUAUCGUUCGCCAGUAUGAUCCGGAUAUAUUGACUGGCUACGAAGUGCACAAUAACUCUUGGGGCUAUCUUAUCGAACGGGCUCGUGUCAAGUAUGAGCUGAACCUAUGCGAUGAAAUGUCAAGAAUGAAAUCACAUUCCCAUGGUCGUUUUGGCAAAGAAGACGAUAAGUGGGGAUUCAAUCAAACCUCCACCAUACGCAUUACGGGCCGACAUACCAUCAAUAUUUGGCGCGCUAUGCGUGGGGAACUGAAUCUACUGCAGUAUACCAUGGAGAACGUUGUCUUCCAUCUCUUGCAUCGUCGGAUUCCCCACUACAAGUUCACUGACUUGACAGCGUGGUACAAGAGCACGAUCCCGCGGGACUUGUCGAAGGUGAUCGAGUACUUCGUCUCUCGGGUCCAAAUCGACCUUGAUAUCCUCGAAUCCAACGAGCUUGUGCCAAGGACAAGUGAACAAGCCCGCCUGCUUGGUGUAGACUGGUUCUCUGUUAUUUCUCGAGGUUCCCAAUUCAAGGUUGAAUCACUCAUGUUCCGGAUUGCGAAGCCUGAGAACUUCAUUCUGGUUUCACCUAGUCGUAGACAAGUAGGAGGCCAGAACGCUUUGGAAUGUCUACCGUUGGUCAUGGAGCCACAGAGCGACUUCUACACUAGUCCCAUGCUCGUGUUGGACUUUCAAUCUCUGUAUCCCAGCAUCAUGAUCGCCUACAACUAUUGUUACUCGACUUUCUUAGGGCGGGUAGUCAGCUGGCGCGGCACGAACAAGAUGGGCUUCACAGAUUAUCGACGAGAGCAGCGACUAAUCGAGCUUCUGAAAGAUCACAUCAACAUUGCACCAAACGGGAUCAUGUACGCCAAGACUCACAUUCGGAAGUCACUCCUGGCGAAGAUGUUGGGUGAGAUCCUGGAAACUCGAGUUAUGGUGAAAAGUGGUAUGAAAGUGGAUAAGAAUGACAAGACCUUACAGAGGUUGUUGAACAACAGACAGCUGGCCCUUAAACUGAUCGCAAAUGUCACCUACGGAUAUACUUCAGCAUCAUUCUCUGGUAGGAUGCCUUGUUCAGAGAUUGCUGACAGUAUUGUGCAAACCGCUCGCGAAACUUUGGAGAAAGCAAUCGCCGUAAUUCACUCACGAGAGAAAUGGGGUGCAGAAGUGGUUUAUGGGGACACUGAUAGCUUGUUCGUAUAUCUGAAAGGUCGUACUAGGGAGCAAGCGUUCGAUAUUGGUGAAGAUAUUGCGAAGACCAUUACCAAGAUGAACCCGCGACCGGUAAAACUCAAAUUCGAAAAGGUAUACCAUCCCUGCGUCUUGCUCGCGAAAAAGCGGUAUGUCGGCUUCAAAUACGAGCAUCGAGACCAGAAAGAGCCAGAUUUCGAUGCGAAAGGUAUUGAGACUGUGCGCCGGGAUGGCACUCCAGCUGAACAGAAGAUCGAAGAGAAAGCCUUGAAGAUACUCUUUAAGACAGCAGAUCUCAGCCAAGUCAAAAGCUUCUUCCAAAGCCAAUGCACCAAGAUAAUGAAAGGCCAGGUGUCGAUCCAGGACUUUUGCUUUGCUCGAGAGGUGAAGCUGGGAACGUAUAGCGACAAGGGGCCACCACCUCCAGGGGCUUUGAUCAGCGCUCGCAGGAUGAUUGAAGAUCCAAGGCUUGAACCUCAAUAUGGUGAAAGGGUACCGUAUGUCGUUAUCACAGGCGGACCAGGAGCUCGUCUAAUUGAUCGCUGCGUUGCACCUGAAGUGCUGCUUCAAGACGCACAGUUGGAGCUGGAUUCGGAGUACUACAUCUCGAAGAAUCUCAUACCGCCCUUAGAAAGGAUCUUCAAUCUGGUUGGAGCAAAUGUCAGACAGUGGUAUGACGAGAUGCCCAAAUUUCAACGUAUCCGCCGAGUCGAGGGUGUGCUCGCUCCAGACGGGAGGGAUGCUCUUACCAGGAAAACUCUCGAAUCAUACAUGAAAUCGUCAACCUGCAUCGUGUGUCGAGAAAGCCUGGAUGGAGACUCGCCCAUCUGUAACAGCUGCUUCGAGCAGUCGCCACAGACUACCCUGCUUCUACGUGCAAGAAUGACAAAAGCAGAGAGGAAAGCUAUCCAGCUGAACAGAAUUUGCAGGUCCUGUUCCGGACUUGGUUGGACAGAGGAGGUGAAGUGCGACAGCAAAGAUUGUCCUGUAUUCUACUCACGGACGAGGCACAUGGCAAAUAUGAACAACACGAAGGCACAGGUCGGUCCAGUCUUGAGAAUGCUGGAGGAGAAAGGAGGAGGCGGCUUUGACUGUACUCUGAAACGCGCACAUGACGACGACGCCGUCCUCAAGUCUGGAGCCGAUGUUCUGGCGGAACAAUUCACUCGAAAGCACGAGUCUGAUGUUGCGGCUGGGUACUUUGCGGUGUGCAGGGAAUAUGUCCCCGGUGGAGUCAAUGGGAAGCCGCCUGAGCGGACGACACCUUCUGGAGAAGUGGUGGCGGCAGAGAGCCCGAGCGUGUACCAGAGCAUGUACCGAAGCAUCUUCGAUCGCCAGCAGAAACCUACAAUACAGCCGAAUAAAGCGGAUGGGAAACCUGUGAAGAGAGCUAGAAAUGUGUUCUUCGUUGUGCUGAGACACGGUCAUCUUAUGCUGUAUGAUGAUUCGGAACAACUCGAAGUCCGACAUGUGAUUUCUCUGGAACAUCACGAUGUGAGCAUAUAUGGUGGGCCAGAGGAGAUACCUGAGGGAGAGCUUUGGAUCAAACGCAAUGCUAUCUGCUUGACUCGGAGUAAGAGAGCUGCGACCACGACCCAAACAACAUCAUUACCAUUCUUCCUCUUCUGCGAAAACUCCUCCGAGAAGGAAGACUUCUACUUUGCGCUUUUGAAGAACCAAGAGAAGAUACCGGGUGCGAAAGACAGCCCGCCUGUGCCUCAAGAAUACGAGAUCAAGGACAUCAUCACACUGGUGCAAAAACUGCACUCGUCGGAGGAACAGCUGCAAACAAGAUGGCUGAAUGCGUUGGUUGGAAGGCUGUUCCUCUCUAUGUACAAAACGCCAGAAGUAGAGGCCUUCAUCAGAAAGAAGAUGACCAAGAAGAUAUCUCGGGUCAAGAAACCAAACUUUAUCACGCGACUUGCGCUGCAGAGGAUUGAUAUGGGUGAGGGUGCGCCGUUUCUCACCAAUCCCAAGCUGAAAGAUUUGACGGUAAAUGGUGACUGCACUGCAGAAGGGGAUUUCAAAUACAGUGGCAAGUUUCGCAUCGAAAUAGCUGCAACGGCACGACUGGAUCUUGGCACGCGCUUCAAAGCGCGAGAGGUCGAGCUCGUUCUUGCUGUGGUGGUCAAUAAGCUUGAAGGACAUGGUCUGAUCCGAUUUAAGCCACCACCCAGUAAUCGUGUCUGGGUAGCAUUUGAAACCAUGCCCAACCUAGACCUGAAGAUAGAGCCCAUUGUCAGUUCAAGGCAGAUCACAUACAAUGUUGUGCUAAGAGCUAUUGAGAGCAGGAUCCGGGAAGUUUUUGCUGAAACACUUGUGCUACCCUUCUGGGAUGACAUCCCAUUCUUGGACACAGGCGAAGAGGCCUUCCGAGGCGGUGUGUGGAAGAGGGAAGUCAAGCCGGCCCAGCCUGUGGAGAUCAAGCAAGAGAUGCCUGAGGAUGAAGGCGAGGCUGGGGAGAGUCAUGUAGAUGCGUCAGUGGAUACAAUCAAGAGCAGUCACGAUAGGACUGUGAGUGAACUGCAUCUACCACCGUCGCCCACGAACGGGCUGAAGUCUCGAGCAGGCAGAUCGACAAAGGUGUCAGGAGAAGACUUGGGCCGAUCAUCUUCCGUUGCCGCGGACAAGCUCCAUCGACCCGAGCCACCACGAGCGUUGCGGUCGAGCUCGUUUGCUUCCCUUGCUGAUCCAAUGGUCAGUCCCAGUCACGCUGAUGCUGACGGACGGCAAAGGCUGUUAGACCCACCACAACGCAAGGAUGCGGCACAAGCUAUGCUGAAAGAGCUCUCUAGCAAGUCCAUCACCGCUUCUCCCGCAGAUUCUCCCGCUGGCUCUCCACCAAACGAGACUGCCCUGGCCGCAGCCUUGAUAGCGGCAAGCAGGCCUUCGUCUAAAGCUUCUGAUGAGAGCUUAUCGAUCCGUAACCCCCGCCAACAAUCUGAAUCGUCGUCCAUACAAACGAACAGUCAGUCCUCGACAUUGACAUCUCCUAUCGCCGGUAGUGAGGACUCAAAGGCCCCGUCGCUGAACGAGGGACCCUCGCGGACAAGUACUCUGGGCUCGAUCAGAUCAUUGGCCUCGUCAGCAGAAAAGCGACAGGGAAUCAAUCUUAGCUCCGCAACCGCGGCAGCAAAGAAUUGGGGUUGGGGCGUUCUUGCUCGCAACCAGCAACGUGAAAAGGAGGCAGCGGCCCAGCACAAUAAGCUAGGCACUCCCGAAUUGCCCAUGGGCAGAGGAAGACCACUUCCACCGCCUGGCACACCCCUACCGCAUCCUGAGCGCUCUAUACUUAGCGCAUUACCUCUACCCAAGCGGAGACCGGUGCCUGCGCCAGCUCCCUCGGAUCGCACAACGAUUACCGAUAGCAGCCGGCUAUCAACGCCCAAGCCUAAUCAAACUACAAGGAGGAAACGGCAGAGCCCAGCGCAGAAGGACGAGCAGCCUGAUGAAGUCCUGGUGGUGGAAGCGCCAGUGGAUUCAAACCCUCCGACGCCUGCUGCUGAUGAUGAGCACCAUGAUGAGUUCUUCGGCCAUGGUGAGGACUCGAAUGGUUCGGCGUCACAGAAGAUAGAUGAUCGACCAGAGCUUCAAUCGAGGAGCGACUCAGGGGGCACACCAGCGUGA